AUGCUCAGGCGCUCCCAGCUCCUCCCUCGCCCGCGGUCCAGGCUCCAUCGGCGCCUGUCAGAGCAGUCGGCCUCCCGCGCGCUCAGCAUCCCUCCUCCUCCUCCAUCUCCUCUCGUCCCUCCUCCUCCCGCCCUGGUGCCACCAACCUUGGGCGUGCGGAUGUGCUCCAUGGCUGGCACACGUCUGCAGGGUCCCCGGCGGGCGCGGCCUCACGCACCUGCGUGCGUCUGCGGCGCGACGGGAGGGGCGCGUGGAGUGGGCUUCGCGCCCGGGCGUGGGCGGAACGCGGGCUUGGCUCCGCCCCCAGGUGCGCCUCGCGCGGCCCCUGGGCUACCGCGCGGCCCUAGAGAGCGCACCUCUGCGCCUGCGCCCACCUGCGCCGCCGUUGCGCCGCACCUCUACCCGAGUGGCAGGCGCCGGGGCCUCUCGCUCCCUCUUAAGAGGGGCAGCCGGCGUAGCACUGUACGGCCACUGUUCCCCAAGACACAAAGAGGGCCUUGUGUUGGGUGUGGUCUCUUGGAAGAGAGAUGGGGAAGUACACGCUGCUCCACACCGCCCCUGGGCUUCCUUCCAGGGCGUCCCAAGAUAGGUGGGAUUUCAGAGUGGGGCGGAAAAGAAGACUGCCACAGACACUCUAGAACCAGGACGGUCUCGUGGGCUCGAGGGUUCUAUUCUUCUACUGGUGAGCUGAUUAAAAGUCUACUUGGACAGAACACGAGAUGGGGACACCCCAGGAGAAGGAGCCAUGCUCUGUGGAGUCCACCUGGCUUCCCAGCCUCCAACCUCUCCCCUCCCUCAACCCAACCUAUCACAGUGUGCACAGCAAUGAAAUAUUUUCCACAUUAUCCAGAAUUUAAUCUUAGGAAAGAUCAAAACAAAAAACCUAAGCAGAACUGGAGUGCCUACCAGGGGGUUUCGCUUCACUUUGAUGCUGCCCUUUAGCCAACAGCCCUGGAGAACAAGUGUGAGACUCAGAAGAGAAGGAAGACUUCAAAGGGCCGGAAAGGAGGCUCUGGAGUUAGUGACAGGGGACUCAGAAGAAGUUGAGUAAGUUCCAGUGAAAGUCUGCUUCAGGUAGAACUUCUAUACCCACCUUCUGGAACUUGAAGUACCUCUUUGUUAUUUGAUUGACUGUAUGGCACCCUUCUUCCUAGAUGUACUCAGUGACAUAUUUUUAAAAUGGAAGAGAAAUGACUUUAACAUGAGGAAUUGUGAGAUCCCUUAGGGCAUCAUGAAACUAAGGAAAAAAAAGUAUGUUGUCAAGUCAGCCCUGCAGUGGCUGGAGAAAGCAACCACAUUUCUUUUUAACGUAAUUGUACUGUCUCUGUCAUUUUGUCAUCAAUAUCAAAUUAGCAAACUAAUGAUUACAAAUGAAAAAAAAAGUCAGAUCUGGAAAUGUGACAGAGUAAGUGAGAUAGACCAGCCAAGGUUACCUGGUACAAGGGACUUUUGAUGCUAAAAAUGAGAUGAUCCUGGGCAAAUCAGGAUGGUUGGCCAACCUAAGUGAGUUGCAAUUUAAAUAAACCCUGAGUUCUGUUCUUUGCAUGAGUUGGUCUCUGCAUUCAAAAGGUUUGCUCAGUUGGGAAGAAUGUUUCUUUAGAGAAAAUGUCAUACGAUGCCAUUGUCCAGAAACAUGCAUUUGGAGCACAUUUUUGGAACCUUGGUGAGAAGCAUGGCAAAGAUGUGACUGGCAACAUAAACAUACCUUUAUUUUUUAGCUUCAGGUCCUGAGUGUGGUUAAGCCUCAGAGACAGCAAAGGAACAGAGAAGCUAUUCUGCAGGUGAUUGAGGGCAAAGAGGCACCGGAGACAUGUAGACCCUGUCCAUAGCAGGGCACAGCACUCGCCCCAGAUACAUUUCAUCUACAUAUCUCAUCCCAAACCUACUCAGUGCUUUCCCACCUCCUUUGUCCCAGAAUGCCUUUCUCUUUCUUCUGCAACUGCAGGGAAAAAAAAUACACUCUAUUCUCCCAAGAUCUUUUGAAAUUCCACUUAAGGGAGAGAGUAUUCCUGGCUACCUCUCUCUCCUUUAAAUUCUCAUGGGGUCAAUUUUCUUCUGUUGGUGUUUGUCUACUGGUUGUAAUGAUAAUUAAUUUUUCAUGUCUUAUC